GCAGCGGCAAGAGAAGGAGAGAUCAUUCUUUUCGCUCAGAGAGAAGGAGACCAACAACAAAGAUCUUUGCUUUCGUAGCAGUUUCUAAUUUCGGAAAAUAGAAAAUUUGUUGUUCCGAAAAGCGGAUCGGGUUCUGGAUUCGGAUUGAGCAGUGAAUCAGCGAAACCGGGUCGGAUAUGGAGGGAGUUGGGGCCCGACUCGGGCGAUCCUCGACCCGGUACGGACCAGCGACGGUGUUUACGGGUCCGGUGAGGAAAUGGAAGAAGAAGUGGGUCCACGUCUCUCCUUCCAACAAGAAAGACUCCAGCUCCGCCACCGCCCCCGUCGCCGUUAACGGUGGUUCGGCUGCCGACGAGAGCAAUGGGUCGCAUUUGUUGCUGUACAAGUGGACUCCUUUGUCGCAGAGCAACAACGGUAACGGAAAUGGCGGUAGUAAUGGAAAGAGAGAGGGAAAUUCUCCGAGCGGUGACUCAGCGGAGGAGCCUCCGAGGCGGAAAUUUAAAUAUGUCCCGAUUGCAGUGCUAGAAGAGCAGAAGAGGGAAACUCCAGAAAAUGAGGACGAGGACAAGGUUGAUGAGGAGGAUGCUAAGCCUAGCGAUAACGACAGAGCGGACUCAGACGAGAAGCAAGGUGGUAUGGAGGAAAAACCAGACAUAAAUGAUGUUCCAGUGGAAGAUAAUCAGGAGGAUGGGAAAAUGGUAAGGCAAGAUCUGAACAAAAGCACAUUGGAUCUAAGCCUCAACUUAAAUGCACAAGAUGGAGAUUCAGAGAAUGAGCAGAGAGCGGAGGAGACGGAUCAUUAGAAGUGUGAUGAUGAGUUGGGUUCGUUCAUGCCUCUGUCUUCACUCUUUGAUGUCUUUAGGAACAAACAAACUAAAGUGAAAAGAAAGCUGUCACAGAUCCC